CUGGACUGAUUUUCCUUCAACUUCAUUGCCUGUUGAAAAUUUGUUCUUUUUUUUUUCUCUCCAAACUCAAUUUGGGGAAUUGGGUUGUUUUCAAAAUCGUCAAUUUUGGGUUUUUAGAUGAAGGAUGUUGAUAUUCAAAGUUGGUUUAUUAUAAUGUAAAUACGAAAAAGAAAGAAAAAAAGAUGUCGUUUUAUAUUGGUCAUGAGGCUCCAAAGCUGUGGAGGAGAAUUUGUGUAGAGACAACAACAGAGAUUAAUCUUCUUGCCGAGAAUUGGAAGUAUAUUCUUGGUGGAUUAAUAUUUCAGUACAUCCAUGGACUUGGUGCUCGUGGGGUUCAUUACUUACAUCGACCUGGACCAACUCUUCAGGACGCUGGCUACUUUCUUCUUCCGGAGCUUGGGUCAGACAAUGCUUAUAUAAGCGAAACUGUAUUCACUACCAUUUUUCUAUCUUUUGUCUUGUGGACAUUCCAUCCUUUCAUUUUUAAGACCAAAAAGAUCUAUACGGUUCUGAUAUGGUGCAGGGUCCUGACAUUCUUAGUUGCUUGUCAAUUUCUUCGGAUGUUAACAUUCUAUUCUACACAGCUUCCUGGUCCAAAUUAUCACUGCCGUGAGGGUUCAAAGCUUGCCACACUUCCUCGGCCUGAUAAUGUUUUAGAAGUUCUACUACUUAAUUUUCCUCGGGGCUUACUUUAUGGUUGUGGUGAUUUGAUAUUUUCAUCGCAUAUGAUAUUCUCCCUAGUCUUUGUGCGGACGUAUCAGAAAUAUGGCACACGAAGGUUUGUAAAGCAAUGUGCUUGGAUAGCUGUUAUUGCUCAGAGCUUUUUAAUUGUUGCAUCGCGUAAACAUUACACUGUAGACGUUGUUGUGGCAUGGUACACUGUUAAUCUAGUAGUGUUCUUCGUUGACAAAAAAUUACCAGAACUGCCUGACCGCACUAGUGCAGCCUCAUUGCUACCGGUAAGCAAGGAUAGCAAGACUAAAGAAGAGAAUCACAAACUUCUGAACGGAAACGCAGAUCCUGAAGAUUGGAGGCCUAGAACACAAAUCAACGGGAUGAUCAUGGAAGAUGGUAACGCGGUCCAUGUUGAAGCAGCAACAAAUGGUGUAUAGACAGUAAAAUGCAUAGAGCGCAACUAACUGAACCUGGUUGACGCACUGCUGUUCAAUGU